UUCGACUCAAAAUGGGACGGGAUGUCAACGUGACCAAGUUGCCGCAGCUGGUAGCGCGGUCGAUGGGUCGUCCCAUCAAGUCCACUGGUUGGAGUUCUAGUGCUUCGAAGAUCAAGUGUACCCCCACGUCGAAGCGAAAACAACCAGUCAACACAACAAAAUCCCAAGGUAUCUCUGGUCCCAUUACCAAGCCCCCCGUGCAGCUCUCCGCCCUCGACCAGCGAAUUCUCGUCUUGUACAACUCCAAACUCAGGCGACACACGAUGGCGUCGCUGCUUCAGGACGACCCUAGUACCCCCUUGGCGUCCACGACAGCAGCCCAUUCCGCGGAAGCCCACCACGCGGCCCUGGCUAUUCAACGCCUCAUUCGAGGGUACCUUUGCCGGAUCGCCAUCCACGCGUUCUUUGGCCCCAUCAACCAGCACAACGCCUUGCUCAUCCAGCGACACUUCCGAGGCCAUCGCGGUCGCCAGCGUGUUGAUCGAAUUCGAGCGCGAAGAGUGUUUGUGCACGCACGAAAGAUCCAGGCGUGGGUUCGUGGCGUACUGACACGUGACCGCCUCGCGAUCGCGCUGGUUCUUGACACCAUUUCGAAAGUGCAACUUCUCCAACGCGUGGUGCGGGGGCAUCGGGGGCGACGGGCAGCCCACGAACGUCGCUUUCAUAAACACACCACCAGCACCCUGACGAUUCAGCGGGUCUACCGCGGAUACCGAGGACGAGAGCGGGUGAAGCAUAUGCAUUAUAAGAACCAAGCCAAUGCCAGAGCGAUGGCUCUAUCAACCCAACGACACGCUGUGUGCACCCGGUGCAAAGGAUGCAGCUGGAACCAUGCCACAGAGCCGUCGCUUCUCGCGUGCACGUUUGCUCGCCUUCUCGGCCUGUACGACCUUCGCGGUGCCACGUUAUUGGUAGAGGACGGCCUGCACCGGUUCCCAUCACACCCCAUGUUUCCCUUGUUGAUGUCUGUGAUUUUACAAGUACAAUGUGCCAGCGUCGAGCUGGCCAUGCUAUAUCUUCAUAAAGCCAAGACGUUGGGGCUAGCCGACGCUGUCGAGUUGAAGCAAUGCGAAGCCAAAUACUUUUUCGCUGGCCUGGCGUGGCAACCAGGCAAUGCAGUCAUGUGUGUCGUGUUCGCCAUCUACUUGCAGUCUAUCGGACUUGUCAAGCGCGCCGAGUCGUAUUACAAGCAAGCGCUCAACGCGAAUCCGCUAGAGUACCCCCUUCCCGCCUACUUGGCCCGCAAAGCGCUUUGCGAGCACAUUGUCCUCAACUUCAAGCGAUUUCUCUGCCUGUUUAAGCUGUCCCCUACGUUGCACGUGCGGCUGUCGCACCGCACGUUUACGCUUCCCACGACAACUGGCCAUGGAACCUCCAUGGUUGUCACCGUCCACGUAUCGCGACUCAACCACUUUGCAGCGUUUCUUCCAGACAAUCCUGCGAUAUGCAAUGGCCUCUACAUUGCCGACGACGAACUGUCGUAUUUGCUUUUACCAGACACCAAUCACUCGCAUGGCUCAUCUUCGACGCUAGCUAACGGUUCAGUCAACGGCAACCACGACCUCGAGCCACGACAACCCCCCAAUGCUUUGCGAGGGCAUCGCAAAGCCCUCAUGGGCCUUCAUCACCGUCGCCGGACGCACGGGGGAAGUAGCACCCCCAAGGAGCAGGCGCUGUUGCACGAGGCGCGUUCGACGGUGCGAUUGUCCACGGAACAAGCCGAGAAAAUUCUCAACCAACUCGUGCUCGUGCCCGCCGCCACGGCCCCAGGCUCGUACGUUCUGUUGUUGCCCCAACUACAACGAUUAAGAGAGUACCAAACAUCAGCGAUGCUGCACUACGAAGCACUGGUAAACAUCCAGCGUAUGUACCGGGGGCAUGUCGUGCGGUACCGCAAAGUCCGCGUCCAGCUGUGCGACCGCAUUCGCGACGAUCAAAUGUACCAGUUGCAGCAAUUGCUACAUUGCCGCAAAUUCCUACGGGACGAACGUGCGCGUGCCGCCACCCAAAUCCAAGCCCUGCGUCGAGGAUGUGUGACACGGCGGAGAUUACAACACAUGUCAACCGCUGCGACACAGAUUCAAAGCGUCUUGCGACGCCAACUCGCCAAGCUCCGGGUCGAAGACAUUCGACAGGGCAAUACGCUGCAAUUUCCCGUGGUCCGGGUGUACCAUCGAGGAGUGGAGUUGCAAGGCAAGCUGGUCGUGCUAACAAUCGAUCAACGAGGACUGUCGUUUCGGUUCACGGGGACCGACUUUGCCGCAGGAUGUGAAUACUCGGGCUGUUGUCCUCGCUCCCGAACGCUUCAGAUGGUUCGGUAUUGGCACGAGUUGUACGCCGCGGCAUGUAUGGGCCAGCCCGUGUACCAUGUGGGUCACUUCGGCACUGUGGUAGCCGUGGACGACGCUCAGACUGCCACGUCAUCAGACCAAUUCCGCGUCGUGUGCCACUUUAAAACCCACGAGGUGUCGUUGUCCCUCGUCGAAGCCGGGUUGGCCAUUCGAAGUGCCCACAAAAGUGGGAAUCGACGACGGAGUAGUAACAGCAAUCCGUCGACUGGGAAUGUUCCCACCACGAGUACUCCCAACGACAAUAACGAGGAACAAUCCCUGUUUCCACUUCCAGUGGACCCAACGAAGUCGGACCAACUCGUGGCUGCAAUAUUGCCACACAUUGCACUCGUCCCGAAUAUAGCCGUCCCCACACGUCAAAUGCAAGCCACGUCGGCAGCCAUGACCUUGGCUGUGGUCGUAUCUCCGUCGUCGUCCACGCCCCUCUAUGUUGCGAGUCUUGCCCCCAUGAAUAUGACUACUCGAACCAGGCCCCAACUGCCGCCAGUUCUGGCUCGCCAACUACCCAAACCGUAUCAAACCCGCCUUCGCGUCGACUCGUCCCUCCAGACCCGGCACCGAUUCCACUCGUCCCACUUGUCCUACUUGCCCCCCACCUCUCCCCCCUUCGCCCCUGGCCAUCCCCUCUAUCGCAAGCGAUGUGUUCGACAUUUUUCUCACUUCUCUAGAUGCAAGUGUUGUCUUCCCAUUGCCCCUACGCCAGCCCAUGUCGCAGCGUUGGAAGCUGCUUUGGCUAUUGCUCGCCCUACGAACGACCAAAGUCGCCACACGGUUCUGACCAACAACAUUGCAAACCGAAGCCACCGCAUGUGGAUAUAUGACAAAUGACCCACAGAAAAGUAACCAGCCAGCUCUGUAGCGUGCUUCGAAUGCUGUAGACGAUACAAUAGAAUUGCUUGCAUC